UUGCACCACAUGCAAUCUCUGUGUGUCUGGCUGUUUCCUUUCUUCGCUGGUCUCUGCCACGCUGAGCUCACACGGGAGCUGAGCAGAGAGGCAGAGCGCCUGGGGCUGAGUUCUGCCCUGGGGCUGUCUUGGAACAUGGCCCUGCAGGUGUCGGCUCUGGCCCUUCUCCUGGCCCUUCCCCCACUGCUGUCUGCCCAGGGAGCAGGACUGCCCAGUCCCAGCCGCCCCAAGACUCCAGACACGUGCAGGAAGGAGGGAGCCUGGACCACGAAGGUGACGUUUCCCUCCGAGCCGACGGCGUUUCCGGUCAAUGGCACGGUGCAGGUGACAUGCACCGAGAAGCCUGAAUCCGGGCCGUUCCCUGCAAAAUGCAGAGAGCUGAAGGACCGCGGGGCAGUCUGGGAUAUCAGCGGAGUUCAGUGUCUCAGGAUGUGCAAUGAUUGGGUGAGGCAGGUGGAUUUUGACCCUGCACAGACGGAGUUCGGCGUCGGGGCCGAGGGUCGGGUGACCUGUCGUCAGCAGUUCCUGCAGAACUCGUUCAACGUGACGUGCAGAGAGACGGCGCCGGGGCACUUCGAGUGGGAACUGGGUGCACACAAGUGUGUCAGAAAAUGUAAAAUACUCAAAACCUGGGACUCCAGAUUGCAGUUUUCCCCCAAGGGGCAGUUCUACUCCCCGGGUGAAUCGGUGACGCUGAGCUGCUCUGAGGGGUAUCGGCCAUCACCACCUGUGAUCAAAUGUGUCACAAAUGGGAGCCUGCCUGUCUGGAGUGAGACACCCACCUGCCAGGGGGUUUGUACGACGGCAGGAAACUGGCCCCCGUCAGUCUCUGCUGCCUCCGCACAGACAGAGUUUGUCGUUGGCGAGAGGGUUUGGGUGACCUGUCGCCCGGAGCAGUACGAGGGGCCCCCGGCUUGGAUGCAGUGUACGGAGACGGCUGGGCGCGUGGAGUGGGACACGAGCAAUGUGAGCUGUGUGGAAAAGUGCCCCAAACCCAGCUGGGCCUCAGCUCUGCGGUUCGAACCAGACAAGAUGUAUUAUAGCAGGGAGGAACCAGUGACCCUGAGCUGCCCUGAGGGGUUCGAGCCCUCGCAUCCCGUGAUCACAUGUACCGGACGGGGGAACCGGAGCGUCUGGAAUGAGACUGCUGCCUGCCUGGAAAAGUGUAAAGCUCCAGAAACCUGGGACACCAGGGUCCAGUUCGCACUUGAGCAGCAGUUUUACAGCCAAGGGGACUCGGUGAAAUGGAGCUGCCCUGCGGGGUACCGGCCCUCACAGCCUGUGAUCAGAUGCACUAGACGGAGAAACCAGAGUGUCUGGAGUGGGAUUGCCGCCUGCACUGGGUUUUGUACGACGGCAGGAAACUUGCCCCCGUCGGUCUCUGCUGCCUCCUCACGGACAGAGUUUGUCGUUGGCGAGAGGGUUUGGGUGACCUGUCGCCCGGAGCAGUACGAGGGGCCCCCGGCUUGGAUGCAGUGUACGGAGACGGCUGGGCGCGUGGAGUGGGACACGAGCCAUGUGAGCUGUGUGGAGAAAUGCCCCCGGCCCCAGUGGGACCCCAGACUCCGGUUUGUGCCAGACCGGCCGUUUUAUGGCCUGAAUGAAGAGAUGACGCUGAGCUGCCCUUGGGGGUCCCAGCCUUCGCCCUCUGUGAUCAGAUGUGUGAGACGGGGUCAGACCUGGAGUUACUGGGCUAGGUGGGACCGGGGCACAUGGCGCCCUACCCCAGGGAACGUUACCUGUCCGGGGAUGUGCAAUGAUUGGGUGAGGCAGGUGGAUUUUGACCCUGCACAGACGGAGUUCGGCGUCGGGGCCGAGGGUCGGGUGACCUGUCGUCAGCAGUUCCAGCAGAACUCGUUCAACGUGACGUGCAGAGAGACGGCGCCGGGGCACUUCGAGUGGGAACUGGGUGCACACAAGUGUGUCAGAGAGGCCCAGACUCCCCAGCGCGGGGGCCUGGCGGUGGCCGUGGCAGUGCCGAUGGUCCUGGUGCUGGUGGCCGCAGGGGCCCUGCUGCUGUGGUUCCUGCUCUCCAGGAAACGCCAGGCUUCGGCGAGCUGCCCCGCCAAGGACACCGGGGAGGCGCUGUACGCAGAGCUCCAGCCCCGGGACACGGCCGAUAUUUACUGCACGAUCCAGACGCCGGCACACGGAGCUGCAGCGUCACGCUGCCGAGCGCGAGAGGCCGGCCUCUCGUGUGGCUGCACCCAGGCUACGGCGCCCGGUGCAGGGACCGGCUACUGGGGCGAGCUGGGGGCAGUCCGGAGAAGCAGCGAGAUGCCCGGGGAGCUGGAGCGAUGGCUAACGGAGUGA